AUGGUUACCGAUCCGACAGCAGACUCGCAACUGGCCCCGGCUCACCAGGCCGAUGUAGACGGAAUCGCUGCCGACCCCGCUAUUGAAAAUGAUAACGGAAGUGAGGCUGACGCAGAGAGCAUUCGCACAUCGUCGACUGCCUCGCUGAGUGAGAGUAUCACUGAGUAUCGCCGGCUUCUCGGUCGCACGUACACGCAGAAAGUUGAAUACUGUGUCCCGAAUGACGAGAAACAAAAUGAAGGACUGGAAAUCGCACACUACUGGGAGACGCUUUUCCUCGGUGACAAGCUGUUUCUCGCCCCUGUGCCCCAGGACGUACAGAAAGUACUUGAUGUCGGCACUGGUACCGGAAUCUGGGCCCUAGACUUCGCCGACGAGUUCCCGUCCGCUGAGGUCACGGGCGUCGACAUCUCGCCCAUUCAGCCCGGCUGGGUCCCGCCCAAUUGUAAAUUCCAGAUCGACGACGUCGAAGAACCUUGGACGUGGCCCGCCGAUCACUUCGACUUCGUACACAUCCGCCACCUCGAAGCCGCUAUCUCCGACUGGCCGAAACUAUACGGACAGGCCCUCGAUCACCUCAAGCCGGGUGGGUACAUCGAGAUCAAGGAGCUCGAUGUCGAGGACCACUCCCAAAGCCUCGGCGAGCUCCCGGAGAGCCACAUCUACAAGCGAUGGGUGAAUGUCAUGUUUGAAGCCUCUGAAAAGCUUGGCAAGUCGCUCCGGCACUCACUCGACCACGGUAUCGCCAAAGACCUGAGGAAGGCUGGCUUUGUCGAUAUUGUCGAGAAGAGCUGGCAUAUCCCAAUCGGCAGCUGGCCCAAGGAUCCAAAGCUCAAAGAGGUCGGCGCGUGCAACCUCGAGUAUCUCGACCAAUCCCUCGAAGGAUUUGGAUACUACCUGCUGAAGGAGGUCUUGGGGUGGGAAGUUCCAGAGGUCAUUGUGUUCAUCGCUGAAAUGCGGAAGGCGUUGAGAGAUCCCACUCUCCAGACCUAUUACGGCUUGUGA